AUCCACAUCUUCAUAGACACUCCCUCAUUCCAUCACCGUUGCUUGCAGAACAUAUUGCGUAGGUUGGCUCUAUUAACACUCCCCUCUCGAAACACUCAAGGAUUCGCAGCACACGACACCACCACCACUCGUCUAUUGCUCGUCUUCUUUCAAAUCUUUCUCUUUCUUUCUCUCCUUACUUUCUAUCUCACAUCCCUCUUCUCUCGAAAUGGCUCUCAAGAGAAUUAAUAAGGAACUCUCAGACCUGGGACGCGAUCCCCCUUCGUCUUGUUCUGCUGGCCCCGUUGGAGAUGAUUUGUUUCACUGGCAAGCGACUAUCAUGGGCCCUGGUGACAGCCCUUAUUCCGGUGGUGUCUUCUUCCUAACCAUACAUUUCCCCACCGAUUAUCCAUUCAAGCCACCCAAGGUCAACUUUACUACGCUCAUCUACCAUCCAAACAUCAACUCAAACGGGAGCAUUUGCCUGGACAUCCUCAGAGACCAAUGGAGCCCUGCCCUGACUAUAUCAAAGGUCCUACUUUCGAUCUGUUCCAUGCUCACAGACCCGAACCCGGAUGAUCCUUUGGUACCUGAAAUUGCUCAUGUUUACAAGACCGAUCGUCCGCGGUAUGAAGCGACAGCCCGCGAAUGGACUAGGAAAUACGCGAUUUGAUUAAUGAAUUAAAUGCAACGGCCAACACGUUCACAUGGUGCUCCAUAUUUACCCCAACCACCCAUUUUUUUAAAUUAUGUUUUUUAACGCCCCUCCUUUCACCCGCUACAUAUCCCACCCCACCUUGAACCUUCGAAAAGACAUGCCUUCCUUGC